GUACGUAAGUACUAGUACUAGUAGUAGUAGUACUAGUAGUAGUAGUAGUAGUAGUAGUAGUAGUAGUAGUAGCAAGUGCAGCAGCAACAGCAGCACCAAGUGCAGCAACAAGUGCAGCAGCAACAGCAGCAGCAAGUGCAGAGCAGCAAGUGCAGAGCAGCAACAGCAGCAGCAAGUGCAGCAGCAAGUGCAGCAACAGUAG